AUGCUUGCUGCCUCUGACUUGCGUCUGACAUUGUUGCUCUGCUGGCUGGUUGUACCCCAGCCCACCCAGCCUGAGAGGCUUUUCCACAGCCGGGAUCGUUCGGACCUGGAGCCAUCUCCUCUGAGCCAGGCCAAGCCCAUUGCCGACCUCCAUGCUGCUCAGAGAUUCCUAUUGAAAUAUGGCUGGUCAGAGGAGCCUCACCCAAAGGAGUCAGCAAGGGUCUCUGUGGGCUCCACCUUGGCUCAAGCUGUGCGUAGAUUCCAGAGGGCGAACAGACUGCCAGCCAGCGGGGAACUAGACUUGCCUACACUGGCAGCUAUGAACAGGCCACGCUGUGGCAUCCCUGACACAAAGCUGCCACCUCAGGCUGCCCUGCCAACCCCUUUAGGUCUCCGGCCCAGGGCCCGGCAAAAGCGCUUCCUUCAAAUGCUGCUGCCCAAGCCAGGUGGGCAACAUGAGGACACCUCAGACACUGGGCCCAGCAGGGCCUUCUCCAAGAAGACACUGACCUGGAGGCUGGUGGGAGAUGCCUACAGCAGCCAGCUCUCCGUGGAAGAGCAGAGAUAUAUCUUUAGGCUGGCCUUCAGGAUGUGGAGUGAGGUGACACCACUGGACUUCCGGGAGGACCUCACUGCCCCUGGCACCAUGGUGGACAUAAAGCUAGGUUUUGGGAGAGGCCGGCACUUGGGUUGUCCAAGGCUGUUUGACGGGAGUGGACAGGAGUUUGCACACGCCUGGCGUCUGGGUGAGAUCCACUUUGAUGAUGAUGAGCACUUCACCCCCCUCUCCAGUGACACGGGCAUCAGCCUUCUCAAAGUAGCUGUCCAUGAAAUUGGCCAUGUCCUGGGAUUGCCUCACACCUACAGGGCAGGAUCCAUAAUGCAACCAAACUACAUUCCCCAGGAGCCUGCAUUUGAGUUGGACUGGUCAGACAGGAAAGCAAUUCAAAGACUAUAUGGGUCAUGUGAGGGAUCAUUUGAUACAGUGUUUGACUGGAUUCGCAAGGAGAGGAACCAAUAUGGUGAGGUGAGGGUGAGGUUCAACACCUACUUCUUCCGCAGUAGCUGGUACUGGCUCUAUGAAAACCGUAACAACAGGACUCGCUAUGGGGACCCUCUCCAAAUUCUCACUGGCUGGCGUGGAAUCCCCAUGCAAAGCAUCGAUGCCUUCGUCCAUGUCUGGUCAUGGGGAAAAGAUGAGCGGUACUUUUUUAAAGGAAAUCAAUACUGGAGAUAUGACAGCGAGAAUGACCAGGCACACACAGAAGAUGAACAAGGAAGGAGGUACCCCAAAUUGAUUUCGGAAGGCUUCCCUGGCGUCCCCAGUCCCCUGGACACUGCCUUUUAUGAGCGGAGGCAGCAGUUAAUUUACUUCUUCAAGGAGUCUCUAGUAUUUGCUUUUGAUGUCAACCAAAACCAAGUACUUAAUUCUUAUCCAAAGAUGAUGAGCCAAGUGUUUCCAGCAAUAAUGCCACAAAACCAUCCAUUCAGAAACAUCGACUCAGCUUACUACUCUUAUGCACACAGCUCUGUCUUCUUUUUCAAAGGCAACUCAUACUGGAAAGUAGUUAGUGACAAGGACAGACAACAGAACGCUCAGCUUCCUCUGAAUGGCUUAUUUCCCAAAAAAUCAAUUUCAGAGAAGUGGUUUGAUGUUUGUGAUGUCCAUAUCUCUACACUGAACAUGUAA